AUGACGCCAGAAGCGUCUAACGAGAAAGCUUAUCGAUUCGAAGAGAUCAGGAGUGGUCGUGUGCUGGUCAGUCGCGACGCACAGUUUAUGGAAGACGUCUUCGACAGUGGAAGACGCGACUACGUUCAAGCCGAAGUAGUUCUAGAAGAUGAAGAAGGUACAACGGAUGAAGACUCAUCGUGUUCCAACAAAGAAGAAGAAGAAAACGUACGGGAUAAAGACAUGAUCUUCGUGGCACUUUACGUCGACGAUUUGGUUGUCGCGAGCAACAAUGACGAGCUGCUCAAGUCAACAAAGAAGGCGCUGGGUGAUCGUUUUGACAUGACGGAUCUGGGAUAUCUCAAGUUUUUUUCUCGGUAUGAAAGUUGA